AUGAUGAUUAUCCUGGUUCGUGUGAAGAGUCGAUCUGUUGACUUCUGCAAUCCCCUAUUCAUGCUGACCUCGCCAGUCGUCUCCACCCCCGUAAUUUGCAGAGUCCAGCUCUCGAUGCACCUUACGAGAAGCUUCAAAGCUGACUUCUUUCGGGAAACCUUUGCGACCCGGGAAAAGGCCGCGGAAUAAAUGGCUUCCCUUCCUGGGGAAUUCGUCGACGAGAGGACCGGUAGAAAGGUUGAGGCGUCUCUGAAUAAAAGAUUUUGAGCAGAACUUAAUUGACUCCGGGGUGUCUUUGACCCGUCACAUCGAAGGGCCAGCUUGGAAACUGGAAUACCUCCGAUUUUGAGGACAAGAUCCACCGGGGACAGAAAGACCACUGCUUGAGCUUUGUUCUCUGGUUUUCAAUUGUUCGAUCGUUCUCGCUGAUAUUAAACCGGGUUUCUCUGUAGCAUGUGGGUGCUUCUUUGUAGCUUGCUCCCGCGGCUUGGCCAGGCACUGCUUUUGAAAUUCCUGCCGGGUGUAUGCGCAUCAUCUCCCACUUCCUAAACCCCUUAAAGACACCAUAUUUUUUAUGACCCUCUAAUGUUCUUUUGUCUGAUCGUCUCGGUGCAGAUGGAAGCGCGACAUGCACAGAGGAGAACGCGGAUGAGGAGACCGCUGCUUGUCUGUCGCCAGCUUCAACGAAGACCAGCGCUUUUGAUGUUUCUCAGCCAUCAAUCCCCAGACGGACGAGUGACGGGGUGCGGCGCAGAUUAAAGCGCAGUAUCUUCAUCGUCUUGUUUAAAGCGAAGAUUAACCUCCUGUUGCCUUGCGGGCCCGCAGCGAUCCUCCUCCACCAUCUGACGCAGAAGCAUGUGAGAAUUUAAUCCCCCACUAUUCGUGCUUAUUUCCCCGCCGGUUACCAUCAUGUUGAACUACAAUGCUUCCUUCUUUCCACAUCAUGGAAGUGAAAACGCCCAUUCUGCGGCAUCUUUUCACGGGUUCCCUGCUCGCCCGGGAGCUCAUAAAACAUCACAUGUCUUCAGGAAACCUCCACGGAAAUCUCAUUGUCAAUCAUAGUUACGUAUUGUCCAUAGUUUGCCUGCUCGUUCUGGCUUUGAAGAACUUAAUCAGCUUUUUGAUGCUACCGAUACCUGGUGCCACGAUAUAAUUGACCAAGUUGCUUGGCUGGAUCGGGAAUGAUCUUUAACAUGUACCCAUUCAGUUCAGAGCCAAGUCUGUCUGAGGGAUGAAUCGUGACUAAGCAGGUCCAAUCAAGCUCGGCUUUCCCUCUUCUUGAAUCGUUCUUCUGUGCCGAGUUGUCCAGCCUCGCGUAUAGUUUAUCCAUGCAGAGAUGUGUUUCUUUGUGAUCCGCUCGCUAUAUUUGUCUUUCUGUCGUGCAUGCUAGCUAUGCUGGCUUUGGUGAUUGAUAGCUGAUAAAAAGGAGGCCAAAUUGUGUGAAAGGCCGGCUAUGAUCGAGACUCUCUUGACCCCCAUAUAUGGAGACCCUCCCGCCUGUGGUUGUAGCAGAUGCUCUGCAUAAAAUGAAACUCGUAGAGCUCGUCUGCAAUCAAAUAAUUUUGCAUCUGAUGUCAGGGAUAGAAUAUCUGCAAGCCCGGUUAGUUUUAAUCCCUUGCUCUUUGAACUGCAGGGGUGGGUGUUCAUUUUGAGCUUGAUAGGCAUAACUCCACUAGCUGAGCGGUUAGGUUAUGCGACAGAGUAAGCGUUCCAAGCAUAACUCCCUUUUGUGUCUCUCCUCCUUUCCUGUCUACGCCCCCCAAGCUGCGUUCUCUAACUGAUUCCUAUGGAUAUCUGACGUGUUUUUUCUUGCGGGGGCUGCAGACAGCUGGCAUACUAUACUGGGCCUACAGGUGCGUCUUUCUCUUCCAUCAUCUCAUUCAUGAAAUGAGUGGCCACAGAGCCUCAGAUGAUUCCUGCCAAUGCAUGCUUUGUCCUAUGAAAACCGGAGUGGUUCUUUGACGUUGUUGUUAACUUGGGGUUGUUUCAAUUUCAGUCGGGGGGCUUCUGAAUGCUACAUUUGGAAAUGCGACCGAAAUGAUAAUCUCAAUCUACGCUCUGAAAAAUGGGAUGAUUCGUGUUGUCCAGCAAUCGUUGCUGGGUUCUAUCUUGUCCAACAUGCUCCUAGUUCUCGGGUGUGCUUUUUUAGCCGGCGGGAUCGUCCAUCAUAGAAAAGAUCAAGUCUUUAACAAGGUAGAACGCCCGCUACAUAAAGAUGGUUUGUUUCUCUGCGUAUGUGCAUUCAAUCUUGCAUAAGAGGAAAUCCAUUAGUGAACUGUGGGAAGGACAAAGUUUGUUCUUACCUUCGUGAAUGGAAAGCUUAGUAAAAGAGUUACCAUUUUUGACAGGCAGCUGCUGUGGUGAACUCAGGAUUGCUGUUGAUGGCUGUCAUGGGUCUGAUGUUCCCGGCUGUUCUUCACUUUACCGGUUCAGAGGUGGAAUAUGGAAAAUCAGAGAUUGCCCUUUCAAGGUUUAGCAGCUGCAUUAUGCUGGUCGCUUAUGCAAGCUACCUUUUCUUUCAACUGAAGAGUCAUCGCAGUGCCUACAACCCUAUCGAGGAGGUGAGGGAUCCAAUCAUAAAGCCGCUCUAUCAAGUGCUUAAAAGAGUUGGGUGAAUCAUCAAAUUUUCUGCUGUUCAUUUUUGUAUUUUUUGCUAAUAGCCGUGGAACACCAAUAUUCCAGAAAACUGCUCACGGAACAUCUACAUCUCUGCAGUUAGACUGGUUUAACGUCCAGUUUGACUGAUGUUGGAGGUUCCAUCCGUUUUAUCCAUCGAGUUAGAGGAAUUGGAUGUUUUUAAACUAGAGACUUGUACUCACUCCGGUCAUCUUAUUGCCUAAUAGUCCAGAAACAAUUUAUGGACUUAUAAAACUUGGCUGGUUCAUAAAAUUUGGCAGUGAGUUCCUCUAACAUGAGGCUCCGCUAUCAGACAAUGAAAAACUAUGUUCCCUCGGUUAGAUCCAUGAUGGAAUGUGAUGGGGAACACCACACAGCAGCAAUGUGUGAGUCUAGUCUGACCUUGGAAUUGGCACUUGGGAAUAUUUUCUUUCUUUUGUGAAUUUUGAGCUCCAAGCCGGUAGAUUUGUGAAAGGAAUUCUAUUAUGGUAUUCGUUGGCCUUUUACUCUAGCCUUACCCUUUGUUUGGAUCUUCCUACCAGCAUUUGUCUGGAAUUUGCACUGUUUUUCUCAAAAUAGAGCAUUUUUGCUUCAUCUCUCGCUUCUGUCAAGUUUUAUUCGACUUAAGGAAAGGAAUGAUAUCGUCUGGCUCUUAUCUGAUGAAGUAUCUGGCGCUGGUGAAUAGGUACAGGAAGAGGGAACCACCAAUGACGACCCCUGUGAAGAUGAGGAGCCAGAGAUAUCACUAUGGGAAGCAAUAGUAUGGCUUGCUAUUUUGACUGUGUGGAUUUCAGUACUAUCCGGAUACCUCGUGGAUGCCAUACAGGUAUUUUUUGUGAGAAUCUCAAUUCAUUUGGUUUAUAUGAAACGCAUAAGUCAGGCUUCUGUUGGCUAUGAAUCUUCUCUUUAUGUGGCUUAAAUUGGGAAGGGGAUGGUUCUGUAUAGGGUCCAGAGUUGGAUAGCAAAAGGCGACGCCCUUUAGAGGAGGCACACAGUUUGAGCUCCACAUCUUUGCUUGGCAUCCUAAGUGGAUUUAUGCUCCGGGAAACGGGGCUAAAGAAAUGCAAGAAUGCUGAUCAUUUGAUGAAGGUUGACCAAUACUAAAUAAAGUGGAAACGUGUUUCAUUAAUUAGAAGGAUAAAAGGGCAUCAGACAAAGACACCGAUAAAAUGCUAAAUCUUGUAUCUUGAGAUUCUUCCCAAAUGCUAAAUUUAGUUAAUCAUGGUUUUUCUCUUUUCCUGCCAACUUUAGUAAAGCUGAAAUCACCAAGCUGUAGGUGGAUGUGAUCGGACUCCCUCACAGAAACUUUCGUGUUCGACCUAUUCAUUUAAGACUUUAACAAGUACUCUUCUUCGACUCAGCGAUAGGUGGCACGGUUGGCUUUGUCCCUUUAUGUUGUGGGUACACUUUGCUUCCGACAUGAAUGUGCUCGUGGGCUUGUCAGUGAAUCACAUGGAAGUAGAAUUCAUCAAAGUCUUGUCAACUGGAGUUUCUUCUGAAUGACAUAAUCUUCCGACUCUUGCGGGUAAACUUGGGUUUAAAAUUUUAUGAGAUCGAAUCUGCAUGGGAAAUGGAUGAGUUGCCCUCCUAAAGACAGAUCGGGCCCGAGAAAAGUAGUAUCACAUGUGAAUCAUGCUGAAUCCAAACUAAAUCGUCUACCUCACGGGAGACCCUCAAUAGGUGCGCUCAACCAAAUCGGAUCAAGUCUAACUGGGGUUGUGCUUGAAAAGUAUCGGGGUGUUGUUAGGCUAUGCACUAACCGAAUUGCUCUCGUUUUAACUCGAACUAACUUAGGAGUUACACAGAAGGCAGUCUUGGCAUAUUUUAGUCAUCGGCUGACGGUUAAUAAUCGUUCGUGGCCUUACAUUAUUGAAUUUGGUGCACUAUUUUUAAUUAAAAGUAUCGUGUUCCUCUCAGGGCGCAUCCGAAUCUUUGAACAUGCCAGUGGCUUUUAUUAGUGUCAUUUUACUUCCUAUUGUUGGAAAUGCUGCUGAACAUGCGAGUGCGGUCAUGUUUGCCAUGAAAAACAAGCUUGUAAGUCGAUGUAGUGCGUUUAUGUAUUGUGAAUUUCUACUCUCUGAAGGUUUUUGUCUUCUGAUCAUUGUUUUGACCUGCUUUCUGCUCAGGACAUCACCUUGGGGGUUGCAAUUGGAUCGUCUACUCAAAUAUCAAUGUUUGUGGUAGGUGUCCCCCCCCCUCCCCCCCCACUUGCUCUUAAACUGUCUAAUUCAUUCUUUUAAUCGCUGAUAAUCGGUUAUUUGAUUUUUCGUUUCUAUGUACUGCGUUAAAAUGAAUGGAUCAAUGAUGAUCUACUUAUUUUGCUUGGUGCUUGUAUCCACGUAUAUUGUUUAAGUGGGUCGGAGGCUAUGAAGCUGCUGUAUUGUUUUGUUUUGAUUAGCAAAGGUGUCUAGGAAUGAAUCACAGAUGAUUUAUAAUAUCGAUCCCUUUCCUAAUGCACUAGCAGGAACGGGUAUUCACGUAGAACUGAAGAACGAAGUCGUGGUUGUAUUAUUUAAAGAAACAUUUUUUGGGUUUUUUUUUGUCUUUGCUGCAGAUCCCUUUUUGUGUGGUUAUUGGUUGGAUCAUGGGGAAGGAAAUGGACUUGAAUUUUCAGCUAUUUGAGACAGCUACGCUGUUUUUAACGGUGUUGGUUGUGGCGUUCCUACUCCAGGUUUGUUUCUGAUACUUUCUUCGUCAAGGCACGCCGAGGAGUGUUUCUGGGUUAUUAAUCUCUUUAGUAUUCAUUACAUACAUGGAUUUUUAGCUUUAGAAAAAAAAUCGUAUUUUUCGUUCUCUUCGGUGGCUACUUUACUUUAAUUUCAUUUUCCUCUCAAUCCCCGCGGUAUUCGUUUCCCCUCCACGAAUAAUGUAUUCUGAUUACUGGCCUCGAAGCCACGCUCCCCACGGCUUGGGCUUUCACCCCUGAGAUAUCCUUGGGCUUUGGUGUUUUAUGCAGGAGGGCACGGCGAACUAUUUCAAAGGAUUGAUGCUCAUCCUGUCCUAUCUGAUAGUUGCGGCGAGCUUCUUCGUGCACAAGGAUCCCAGCAGUAAGCAGCGAAUCCCUUGACCCCGUCCAGAUUUUGUACCGAUUACCCGGCCUCCGCCCUUUCCUCUCGCCGUAUUUCUCCCUUCCGGUCGCCGGCAUUCGUCGCCACGCUUUGGCCGGGGUGCCGCUUUAACGAGGAUCAAUCACGUCCGGUGCCGGGGCAAGUUAACUGCUUGUCCUGUACGCACGCUGUGGCGAUGAUGCACUGUAUCCACGUCCAGAGAGUGACCCCGGGGGAGGGAGAUAAGAUCAUGGAGAAGAAGAGCGGUCUCUUUGCAUGGUGGUAUGACCUGGGUGGAACACCUGGCUGACUGAGUACAUGUCUGUCUGUCUGGUUUGCUUGCAGAAGACGACGACUGA